AUGGCCGAGACUCCCGAGACCGCCGACAAAGUCGCUGCUGAGCAGGAUAUCAACCCCUGGUCCGUCGCAGGUGGCACCGACGCCAGCGGCAACGCCAUCUCGAUCGACUACGAGGCCCUGUCGAAGAAAUGGAACACCUCGCUCAUUGACCAGGCCCUCCUCGACCGCUUCGAAAAGGUCACCGGACACAAGCCGCACCGCUGGCUUCGGCGCGGACUGUUCUUUAGUCACCGCGACUUCGAGAAGAUUCUCACAAAGAAGGAAAAGGGAGAGCCGUUCUUCCUCUACACUGGUCGUGGCCCUAGCUCAGGGAGUCUGCACCUGGGACACACCAUCCCUCUUACCUUCACCAAGUGGCUGCAGGAUGUCUUCGACGUGCCGCUCGUGUUCAUGCUUACGGAUGACGAGAAGGCUCUGUUCAAGGACAGCCUGACCUUCGAAGAGACCCUGCACUACGCCAUGGAGAACGCCAAGGAUAUCAUUGCCCUUGGAUUCGAUCUGAAGAAGACCUUCAUCUACAGCGAUCUGAAGUACGUCAGCAACCACAUCUUGAUGAACACCUGGGAGUUCUCGAAGCUCGUCACCUUCAACCAGGUCCGUGGUGCAUUUGGUUUCAACGAGAGCACGAACAUUGGUCGUAUUUUCUUCCCGUCUGUGCAGUGCGUCGCUGCGUUCGCUACCUCGUACCCCGAGAUCUGGACGGACGAGCCUCUGAAGGAGCGCAAGAAGGAGAUUGCUGCUAUCCAGUGCUUGAUUCCCAUGGGUAUUGACCAGGACCCGUACUUCCGUCUCCUCCGUGACAAUGCCCACAAGAUGCGCUACCCCUCGCCAAAGCCCGCCCUCAUCCACUCCAAGUUCUUGACUGCGCUUCAGGGUGCCGGUGGCAAGAUGUCCUCUUCCGACCCCAACUCCGCUAUCUUCAUGACCGACACCGCUAAGCAGAUCAAGACCAAAAUCAACAAGUACGGCUUCAGCGGUGGCCAAGUCAGCAUCGAAGACCACCGUCGUCUAGGCGGAAACCCUGACGUCGACGUCUCCUACAUCUACCUAACAUACUUCGAGGAGGACGACGCCAAGCUGGACGAGAUCUACAAGUCCUACAAGAGCGGUGAGCUCCUGACUGGUGAGCUGAAGGCGAUGGCCAUCAAGAAGCUCCAGGAGUACGUUGCUGAGUUCCAGGAGCGGAGGAAGGAAGUUACCGAUGAGCUGCUUGAGAAGUACAUGACGCCGCGUCGGUUGGAGUGGAACGGAACCGCGCAGCCGAAGAUCAAAUAG